UGUUACCUGCUUUUGGCCGCACGACUGACUGCGCUGACGACGUUCUGCGCUUCUGGCGUACAGAGCGCCAGCCAGUGACAUACAGUCAGCUGACUCGACGCCAUUUUGUCAGCCAUUUCCUAGCCGGAUCAGCACUUAGCUAGCAUUUCUUAAGCUACAGUACCACCCAUCCAGCCUCGUCUUGUCAUCAGGCCUGGAUUUUAAAACGGUACCACCGGCGAGGACGCUGUCCGCGUAGGUUAGAGACUGUCCGGUGGGGUCGGCUUGCUCCUGAGAAACCCCAGCUUGCCUCUCCGUCACGCAGGACAGCAGUGACAAGAUACUCGCCUGCAGUCAUGGCUCUGAAGAUAGUUAAAGGGAGCAUCGAUCGGAUGUUCGAUAAAAACCUUCAGGACCUAGUACGUGGCAUAAGAAAUCACAAAGAAGAUGAGGCAAAGUACAUCUCCACCUGCAUUGAUGAGAUCAAGCAGGAGCUCAAACAGGACAACAUCGCAGUCAAGGCCAACGCCGUCUGCAAGCUCACAUACUUGCAGAUGCUGGGCUACGACGUGAGCUGGGCCGCGUUCAACAUCGUGGAGGUGAUGAGCUCCUCCAAGUUCACCUACAAGAGGAUCGGUUACCUGGCAGCCUCCCAGUGUUUCCACGAAGGCACUGAUGUCAUUAUGCUGACCACCAAUCAGAUUCGCAAGGAUCUCAGCAGUCCUAAUCAGUACGAUACAGGUGUGGCUCUGACCGGCCUGUCGUGUUUUGUGACCCCUGACCUCGCCCGGGACCUGGCCAAUGACAUCAUGACCCUGAUGUCCCACACCAAGCCCUACAUUCGGAAGAAAGCGGUGCUCAUCAUGUACAAGGUGUUCCUCAAGUACCCCGAGUCUCUGCGCCCCGCCUUCCCCCGGCUCAAAGAGAAGCUGGAGGACCCCGACCCCGGGGUGCAGUCAGCAGCGGUGAAUGUCAUCUGUGAACUGGCCCGGAGAAACCCCAAAAACUACCUGUCCCUGGCACCCCUCUUCUUCAAGCUGAUGACCUCAUCCACCAACAACUGGGUCCUCAUCAAAAUUAUCAAGCUGUUCGGCGCUCUGACGCCCCUGGAGCCUCGUUUGGGAAAGAAGCUGAUCGAGCCGCUGACGAACCUCAUCCACAGCACCUCUGCCAUGUCCUUGCUGUAUGAAUGUGUCAACACUGUCAUUGCAGUGCUGAUCUCCCUCUCCUCGGGGAUGCCCAAUCACAGCGCGAGCAUCCAGCUGUGUGUGCAGAAGCUGCGUAUCCUGAUCGAAGACUCGGAUCAGAACUUGAAGUACUUGGGCCUGUUGGCCAUGUCCAAGAUCCUGAAGACCCACCCCAAGUCUGUGCAGUCCCACAAGGAUCUCAUUCUGCAGUGCCUGGACGACAAGGACGAGUCCAUCCGGCUAAGGGCCCUGGACCUGCUCUACGGCAUGGUGUCCAAGAAGAACCUGAUGGAGAUUGUGAAGAAGCUGAUGCUGCAUGUGGACAAGGCAGAGGGGACCACGUACCGCGACGAGCUGCUCACCAAGAUCAUCGACAUCUGCAGCCAGAGCAACUACCAGUACAUCACCAACUUUGAGUGGUACAUCAGCAUCCUGGUGGAGCUGACCCGCCUGGAGGGCACGCGGCACGGCCACAUCAUCGCCUCCCAGAUGCUGGACGUGUCGAUCCGCGUGAAGGCCAUCCGCGGCUUCGCCGUGGCGCAGAUGGCCACGCUGCUGGACAACGCCCACCUGCUGACGGGCAACACGCAGCGCAACGGCAUCUGCGAGGUCCUGUACGCCGCCGCGUGGAUCUGCGGGGAGUUCGCCGAGCACCUGGACGACCCCGCGCAGACGCUGGAGGCCAUGCUGCGGCCCAAGGUGGCCACCCUGCCGGGCCACAUCCAGGCGGUCUACGUGCAGAACGCCGCCAAGCUGUUCGCCACCGUGCUGCGUGGCCAGGAGGGGGCGCCAGACGGCCAGGCCGCGCAGGAGACCACCCAGCUGCUCAUAGAGAGGCUGCCCCUCUUUGUGCAGAGCGCCAACCUGGAGGUGCAGGAGAGGGCGUCCUGCAUCCUGCAGCUGGUGAAGUACGUGCAGAAGCUUCAGCAGAAGGAGGUGGAGGUGUCGGAGGAAGUGACGGCGCUGUUUGCUGGAGAGCUCAACCCCGUGGCCCCCAAAGCCCAGAAAAAAGUGCCCGUCCCCGAGGGCCUGGACCUGGACGCCUGGAUCAACGAGCCGCCGUCGGAGAGCGAGUCAGAGGACGAGAAGCCCAAGGCCGUGUUCGCGGAGGAGGAGCCUCGCUACACCCGCCCCCGCCACACUGAAGCGGACGAGACGGAGCUGGCCAGGCGGAGAGAAGUCAGGAAGCAGGAACAGGCCAAUAACCCCUUCUACAUCAAGGCCUCUCCAUCGUCUCAGAAGGUGUACCAGGAAACUCCAGGUGUGGAGCACAUUCCAGUGGUGCAGAUCGACCUCAGCGUGCCUCUUAAAGUCCCAGAUUCUUCCUCAGGGAUGCCCAUGUCCGACCAGUACGUGAAGCUGGAGGAGGAGCGUCGGCUGAAGGAGAGGACGGAGAAGAAGAAGAAGGAGAAGAAGAAGAAGAGGGAGAAGCGGAGCAGGGGGAGGAGGGGCGACUCGGGCCCGGAGAGCGAGGAGGACAUCACCCCCGCCCACAUGGUGGACAUCGUCACCGAGGAGAUGCCCGAGAAUGCCUUGCCCAGCGACGAUGACGAGAAGGACCCCAAUGACCCGCACAAAGCCCUGGAUAUCGACUUGGACAGUCUGGUCCUGGGGCCCCCACGCAGGCCCCUGGCGGACAGCGAGAAGCUCCCGGUCAGGACACACCGGCCCCCAGAUGUCCUGAAAAGCCCCGGAGAGGAGGGCGAGGGGGCCCCUCAGGAACCGAAAAAGAAGGGCAAGAAAGAGAAGGAGAAGAAGAAGGACAAAGAGAGGAAGAAGAGCAAGGAGGAGAAGAAGAAGAAGAAGCACAGGCACGAGAAGGAGGAGAAGGAGGAGGAGGAGCCAGGAGAUGCCCUUCCUGAGGAAGCUGUCCAAUCGGCGGAGAACAGUGAGGUGGUGGCCCCGCCCGCCACCACGCCUGCAGAGGCUUCAGACCUGGACUUCUGGCUGUCUGCUGCCCCUGUGUCCCCUAGCAACCAGGAGGCGGCGCCGAAAGCUGAACCCGCCCCCGUGGCGGGACCGGGCUCCGCCCCAGAAGAAGAGCCGGGCCCGGCCUCGGAACCCGACGAGCCCGGAGGCGCGGAGCCGGGGGACGCGAAGUCCUCCAAACACAAGAAGAAGAAGCAGAAGAAGGAGAAGGAGGAGAAGGAUAAGAAAAAGAGGAAGAAGCACCACCAUCACCAUCACCACGGUGACGGGGGCGGAGCCGAGUCCGUGCAGAACGGCACAGUGGAGGAGGAGGAGGAGCCUCUGCCACCCAUGUCCAACUACUGCCUGCUGGCUGAGAACGCUUACAUCAAGAUGCUGUACGACAUCCAGGGGAACCUGCAGGACGGCAGCCAGGUGGUGGUGUCCGUCAUCUUCGAGAACAAGAGCGACAGCUUCAUCAAGUCCAUGGAGUUCACCGUGCUGGACUCCCUCAACUCUAAGCUGCAGAGGCCGGAGGGGGCGGGGCCUCACGACGGCCUCCCCGUCCCCUUCCAGCUGCCCCCCGGGGUCUCGAACGAGGCGCGCUACGUCUUCUCCGUGCAGAGCAUCGUCAUGCCGCAGAAGCUGAAGGGAACCCUCGCCUUCAUCGUCAAGUCUGAAGACUCCUCCACUCAUGAGAAACUGGACUUUAAACUGCACUUUACCUGCACUUCAUACCUGAUCACCACUCCCUGUUACAGUGACGCGUACGCUAAGCUGCUGGAGUCGGGGGACAUGAAGGGCAGCUCCGUGCGGCUGGAGGGGGUCAGCAUGCCCUUCCACCACCUGCUCGCCCGAAUCUGCUUCCACCACCACUUCUCCGUGGUGGAGCGGAUCGACUCCUGUGCCAGCAUGUACAGCAGGUCAAUCCAGGGUCACCACGUCUGCCUGCUGGUCAAAGUGACGGAUCAGACGGUGCUGAUCGACGCUAAGUGUGACGAGCCGUCGCUGCUGGGGAACGUGCUGGAUGAGAUCAAGCAGACCUUCUCUCAGUGCUGAUGCCUCGGACUGCCUCUUGUGCCCACCUCCCCCCCUCUGUCUCUCUCUCUCUCUCUACUCACCCCCUCAUGAACACACACACUUACACUCACACACUCACUCGCACACUCAUACACACACACUUACACUCGCACACUCACACAUACACUCACUCACAUGCACAUACUCAUUCACACAUACACACACACACAUUCACUCACAUGCACAUACUCAUUCACACACACACACACAUACACACACACAUUCACUCACAUGCACAUACUCAUUCACACACACACACACACACACACACACUCAUACACACGGUGAAUGUGUAAAUGAAGAAUGAGGCCGGUAUUCCCCCCCACCCCCCCCCCCCCCAGGCUGAUGUUAGUUUCUCUGACUGUCUGACCCUGCCUCCUCAGGACACCGCCUGCUGCCUCCCCCCCCCCCCCCCCCCCCCCCCUCCACAGUCCUGUCACUCAAACUCAUCCGCUGCUCUUAUUCACUGUAACUCAGUCUCACGCUGUUCACACGCAAGCUUCUCCAGCUUCGGAUUGAUUUCUCUUUUUCUUCUUUCUUUUUUACAUUAAUUUUCUGUCCCGAAUUCCAAUUAUGUCCAUGGUGAUUUCACCCCCCCCAAAAAAUCGAGCGUUCUGUGUUUCUGUUCCCGUUUUUGUAACCUGUCAGUCCUGCGCCUGCGCGUCGUUAUUUAAACCCCUUCCUAAUGAAACUGGAUUUUGUUGUCGUUGAUUUGAAUUGAAUUGUUUUUUUUAAACUUUUUAAUGUGUCUUUUUGUCAAGUUUUGGUGAGUUUUUUUUUUUUUUAGCCUGUCUGCAACCCCCCAUACCCCUAUCGUGUCAGUGGCACUGUGUGUUCACUGAUUUCCCCCCCCCACCUCCCGUUUAACAGUACAUCUCGCACCAUCCUUCCGACUCUGGUGGGAUCACUCAAACACUUGCCCCCCCCGUCCCGAGUUUUGCCAUUCGCCAUGAUUCUCUCCGUCUCUCCGCUCAACGUUGAGCUGACCCAAAUAUCCACAGCAUAUCAGUCCUUCCAAGAAUGAUUUGGCUUGUAUCAGGGGUAGGCAACCCUGGUCCUGGAGAGCCGGAGACGGUCCUGGUUUUUUCUCCAUCCAGACCUUCUAACUGCGUAAUCCGGUCCGUUUUAAUGAAUCGGGCUUAAUGGAUGCAGGGGGCCAUGGGCUGGAGGCACUCCGCGUCUCACCAUUCAGCAUAUUCAGCCUCAGACUUUUCAUCGUCCGUCAAGCGCUUGUGAUCAAGCUCAGGUGGAACAAAAACCGGAAACGUCACCUGCAGUCUAGGAUCAGGAUUCCCUACCCCAUAGUCUACGUAUAUAGUUUUUAAAGAGUUUAAUCCUUAAAGGAGUAAGCUCACAAAUAUUUGAUUAGAAUGCUCUUCACCGAACAUUCUAGUGCCGAUGUCACAAUCACUACUGGUAACUGAAAGCAGUGGAGUUCUAGAACACUGUAUUUUGAAAAAAAAAAAAAAAAAAGGCAUUCCAAAAAACCCCUACUAUUCAGAGAGUAAUUAAUGGAAUCGAGAAAGCACUGAAGGCAUUCACAGGGACAUUUAAGGGACCAGGAUGGUACACAUUUCAUUGGCUUGUUUCCGUAAGUCACUAACAAACUCUCCUGAAUAGCUAGCUACACUACAGUUUUGCGAAAUGAGAAUAAAUUCACGCACGAUUCGUUUCUCUGCGCCUUGGGUCAGGGAUCCUCGAGGGGCUGCAGUGUUUUCACUUCUGGUUUUCGAAGCGCUUCAGUGCGUUAUUUAAGUCACUGCGGCUCGACACCCCUCCCGCAUGCAAACACAGGCCGCUGGUUUGAAGGAAACCACAGAAAGCUCAUGUGAGAUUUAUCCAGAAAUGGCCGUCUGCUGGUGAUGACAGGGUGAGGUGUUGCUAGAAGCAGAACAACAGGCUGAUCUACCACAUAGCAUCAGAGACUCACCAAUUUUUAAGCAAAUCCUUGUUUGUUUUUUUUAUUUUUUAUUUUGCAAAUCUGUGAUUGGCUCAUUGUUGCUUAGCACCACCCACUAAACCUCUCUUCCCAACACCGCAUCGCAUUGCUCACACCAAUGGGAGGUGCUGAGUGUAAACGAUCCCCCCCCUCUGUGUGCUGUUACUCCCAGGCUCGGUGCUACGUAGCUUAGCGUACUCUGUGCUAAUGUGCGCUGACUUGGGUGUAUUAAAUCAGCGCCUCACCUCAUCCUAUAGUAAUGAUCCUCACACGGUAUACAUUUCCUAAUGCGCUGCAUGCUAAUCAUGCUAAGUGUGGCCACGCUACCAAGGGGCGCCUGUGCGCUGUGAGUGUGGAGCGCUUAUUCAUUUCAGCGACAUUACCAGUUAAUUAUCUUGGGAUAUGCUUUGACUGAAGUCCAGAUUAACAUGGAAAGGGACCGGAGGUGCAGUGCGCCAUUCUAAAUAACCUGCAAACGUCUUCAGUGCAUAAUAUUUAUUCAGCGUGCGAUUUACGUUUGCAUCUUGCAUGAGUAGGAACGUACGCACAUGCAUCGUGCUGCCCGGAGAUCACACACACAUUAGCAAAAAUCGAAUUAACAGCAGUCCCACAGUCCACUCGCUUGCUUUUUUUUUUUAUAUAUAUAUAUAUAUAUAUAUACACACACUUUUUUAUGAUGUGAAAGUGAUCGGACCACUUUUUAUUUUUUUGGUGAAAUUUUAUUUUUUGUCUGUAAUGAAGACAUGAAUUUAAGGGGGAGGGGGAUGGGGUGGGGGAGGGGGGGUGCAAAAGAAAAUCUUAGAAUGUCAUUUCUAAACUGGAGUGUUUGGGAUAUAAACGUGUUAUUUUUGGCUGUGGAAAAUAGGGGGUCUGUUUUGGUAUGCUCGACUCGAGUGGGAGAAAAGGGGGUCUAGUUCAAAGUAUAAAUAAAGACAUGCUGUUUAAUCAAACCUACUGGAAAGACAUCUCUUAAGGUGUUCUCCAGUAAAACGUGGUGAAUAUAUUUCUCGCUGGAUUUGGCUUGUAAGACUAGAAUAUGCUCCUGUUGUUCUUACGCAUUUUUGUCAAGACAAAGAUCCUGUGAGAUUCCUUUUUUUUUUUCCUGUUUUUCCAGCUGUAUGAUGGAACAUGUUUAUGAGAAACAAACGAAGGAAAAAAGAAUACGUAAGGAAGGAGUACUUUACUGUUGACAUUCCUUGUUACGGAGAGAGAAGUCUACGCAAAUGAGAGUUAUGAGCUGCUGUAGUCUCGUGUAAAGGUGAACCAAUAAAAUCCAACAUAUGAUGCGAAGAAA